UGGCUGGUUGUGCGGUGGCCGGUGGUUGUGGAAAGAGAGAGUCGGCUUGUGACGGGAAAAUGGCAGAGAGAGGGAGAGAAGGGAAGCCCCUUUCUUUAAGAAAGGAAGACACCUCCCUCGUCCCGGAAUGAAAAGCCUCAUCCUGAGAGCAGAUGCGGCGGAGACGGAGGAAUUGCGAGAAGGGAAUGGCGUUUUUGCAAGAGACAGGGUGAGAAGACGAAUAGUCCAGAUAGCUGUGAGAGUCGGUAGGCUUAUAGUAGACAUCAGUGGAUAAGCUGUCUCCAGAGACAGAGACAGAAAGAUCCAGAAAGGGGAGGGAGGUGUCACUCCAUCCUCCCACACCCCACUAGGAAUAGGGUUCCCCUGGUCCUCACCUACCACCCCACCAGCCUCGGGGUCCAACAUAUUAUUCUCCGUAACUUCCGCCACCUCCAAUGGGAUCCCACCACUAAGCACAUCUUUCCCUCCCCCCCCCCGCCGCAUUCCGCAGGGAUCGCUCCCUACGCGACUCCCUUGUCCAUUCGUCCCCCCCAUCACUCACCACUGAUCUCCCUCCUGGCACUUAUCCGUGUAAGCGGAACAAGUGCUACACAUGCCCUUACACUUCCUCCCUUACCACCAUUCAGGGCCCCAAACAGUACUUCCAGGUGAGGCAACACUUCACCUGUGAGUUGACUGGGGUGAUAUACUGCGUCCGGUGCUCCUGAUGUGGCCUUCUAUAUAUUGGCGAGACCCGACGCAGACUGGGAGACCGCUUUGCUGAACACCUACGCUCUGUCCGCCAGCGAAAGCAGGAUCUCCCAGUGGCCACACAUUUUAAUUCCACAUCCCAUUCCCAUUCUGACAUGUCUAUCCACGGCCUCCUCUACUGUAAAGAUGAAGCCACACUCAGGUUGGAGGAACAACACCUUAUAUUCCGUCUGGGUAGCCUCCAACCUGAUGGCAUGAACAUCGACUUCUCUAACUUCUGCUAAGGCCCCACCUCCCCCUCGUACCCCAUCUGUUACUUAUUUUUAUGCACACAUUCUUUCUCUCACUCUCCUUUUUCUCCCUCUGUCCCUCUGAAUAUACCUCUUGCCCAUCCUCUGGGUCCCCCCCACCUUGUCUUUCUUCCCGACCUCCUGUCCCAUGAUCCUCUCGUAUCCCCUUUUGCCAAUCACCUGUCCAGCUCUUGGCUCCAUCCCUCCCCAUCCUGUCUUCUAUCAUUUUGCAUCUCCCCCUCCCCCUCCAGCUUUCAAAUCCCUUACUCACUCUUCCUUCAGUUGGUCCUGACGAAGGGUCUUGGCCUGAAACGUCGACUGUACCUCUUCCUACAGAUGCUGCCUGGCCUGCUGCGUUCACCAGCAACUUUGAUGUGUGUUGCUUGAAUUUCCAGCAUCUGCAGAAUUCCUGUUGUUUGUGGAAAGAGAGAGUCGGGUUGUGACGGGAAAAUGGCAGAGAGAGGGAAAUCAAGGAAAGAGCCAAGCUGUUGAAGGAAGUUUUUGGCGAGAGUGGAAGUGAACUAGAGAUGGAGGUUGGCGGGAAAGAGGAAGAAAAGAAAGCAGAGCUACGGGGUAUCAAACUCUGAGGAGUCAGCGGAUGAUCAAAGCAGGACAACAAAAUAAUGGAAAGAAGGAAAAUUAAACAAUAUACCUUGCUGUAAAUCACAAUCAAGAGAAAAUCUGCAGUUGCUGGAAAUCAAAGCAACACACACAAAAUGCUGGAGGAACUCAACAGGCCGGGCAGCAUCUAUGGAAAAGAGUUAACAGUCAAUGUUUCGGGCUGAGAUCCUUCAUCAGGACUUCCUGUAAAUGCUUGCAAAUAAAUGAAUAUGAAGAGACACAAGACUGCUGAUGCUGUAAAACUGGAGAGAUAUGAAAUUACAGGAGACACUUCGCGGGUCAGGCAGCAUCUACGGUUUUGAAUCGAGACCUCCAUCAGAACUGGAAGAGGGGAGAUAGCUAUCACACUAUAAGAAACUGAGAGGUAGUUGGAACCCUGUAGAAUAUUUAUUAUGGACAUGGAGGGGUUUGGAGAGCUACUGCAGCAGGCUGAGCAGCUUGCUGCGGAAACUGAAGGGAUGUCUGAACUUCCACACGUGGAAAGAAACCUGCAGGAGAUUCAGCAGGCAGGGGAGGUCUUGCGUUCUAGGACUCUGACUCGCACAUCGCAGGAGACAGCAGAUGUCAAGGCGUCGAUUCUGCUGGGGACCAAAGGGUUGGACAUAUCUCAUAUUUCUCAGCGAUUGGAAAGCCUGAGUGCAGCUACUACCUUUGAACCUCUAGAGCCAGUCAAAGAUACGGAUAUACAGGGUUUUCUGAAGAAUGAACGCGAUAAUGCAUUGUUGUCAGCCAUUGAAGAAUCCAGAAGAAGGACCUUUGCAAUGGCAGAGAGGUAUCAUUGGGAGUCCAUGUUGGUGGAAUGGGAACAGGAGAAGCAAAAGAUCCUUCACACUCUUCUGGCAUCUGGAGAAGAUGCUCUUGACUUUACUCAGGAGACUGAGCCGAGUUUUGUUAGUGCGAUGGGACCACCAGGACGCAGUGCAAUGGACAACAUUGAAGUGGCUUAUGCUCGACAGAUUUACAUAUAUAAUGAAAAGGUUGUGAAUCAGCAUCUUCAACCAAAUCUAGGAGAUCUUUGCAGUUCUGUAGCUGAAUCUUUGGAUGACAAGAAUGUCUCUGAAUUGUGGGCAAUGGUGAAGCAGAUGACUGACGUUCCACUGGUACUUGCCUCAGAGACACUGAAGAGCCGUACCAGUUUGGAGAUGCAGAUGGCAUUUGUUAAACAAGCCCUGUGUUUUCUGGAGCAGAGCUACAAGAAUUAUGUAAUGGCGACAGUCUAUGGAAACCUACAGCAGGCUCAACUUGGUGGUGUUCCUGGGACUUAUCAACUGGUCCGUAGCUUUCUUAAUAUUAAAUUGCCAGGACCUUUGCAAGGACUUCAGGACGGUGAAAUUGAAGGCCAGCCUGUCUGGGCUCUCAUCUACUAUUGUUUGCGGUGUGGAGAUUUAAUGGCAGCAAUGCAAGUGGUAAACCGUGCUCAACAUCAGUUGGGGGAAUUUCACAAUUGGUUCAUUGAGUAUGUUCAAGGUGAUGAUAGAAGAUUACCUCCUACUGCAGAGAACAAACUGCGUCUACAUUACCGUCGCGCAUUGCGGAAUAGCACAGAUCCUUAUAAGAGAGUGGUUUACUGCCUCAUUGGUCGAUGUGAUGUUACUGAUAAUCAUAGUGAAAUUGCGGAUAAAACAGAUGACUAUCUCUGGUUAAAACUGAAUCAAGUGUGCUUUGAAGAUGAUGGCAACAGUUCACCUCAGGAUAAGCAAACCCUUCCUCAACUGCAGAGUCAGCUGUUGGAAGAGUAUGGUGAAUCACAUUUUGCAGCCAAUCAACAUCCUUUCCUAUAUUUCCAAGUGUUGUUCCUUACAGCCCAGUUUGAAGCAGCUAUUGCUUUCCUCUUCCGUAUGGAGCGACUCCGUUGUCAUGCAGUGCACGUGGCAUUGGUUCUUUAUGAGCUAAAGCUUCUUCUGAAGUCAUCUGCCCAAAGUGCACAACUGUUGAGUCAAGACAGCGCUGAUCCCCGUCCAAUACGACGCCUUAAUUUCAUCCGUCUGCUAAUGCUGUACACCAGAAAGUUUGAGCCGACUGAUCCCAGAGAAGCUCUACAGUAUUUCUAUUUUCUCAGAAAUGAAACUGAUAGUCAAGGAGAAAACAUGUUCAUGCGAUGUGUCAGUGAGCUUGUCAUUGAAAGUCGAGAGUUUGACAUGCUGCUUGGACGAUUAGAGAAAGAUGGCAGUCGAAAGCCUGGCAUAAUUGACAAGUUUUCCGAAAACACGAAAGCUGUAAUAAAUAAGGUGGCAUUAGUAGCUGAAAGUAAGGGCUUGUUUGAAGAGGCUGUAAAGCUCUAUGAUCUGGCCAAGAAACCAGAUAAGGUCCUGGAAUUGAUGAACAAAUUAUUGAGUCCUGUGAUACCACAAAUCAGUGCACCACAGUCUAACAAAGAGCGACUGAAAAACAUGGCACUUUCUAUAGCUGAGAGAUAUCGCAAUCAAGGAAUUGCUGCUGCAAAGUCAGUCGACAGCACCUUCUACCUUCUACUGGACCUAAUUACCUUCUUCGAUGAGUACCAUUCUGGCAAUAUUGACAGAGCAAUUGAUAUCAUGGACAAACUGAAACUUGUGCCUCUCAGUCAAGAGAGUGUUGAGGAGAGAGUGACAGCUUUCAAAAAUUUCAGUGAUGAGAUUAGACACAACCUGUCUGAAGUAUUGCUUGCCACCAUGAAUAUUCUGUUUACCCAGUAUAAAAGACUGAAGGGUACAAGCCCAGCCACCCCUGCAAGACCUCAGCGCAUGAUGGAGGACAGAGACACGCAACUCCGACGCCAGGCACGUGCCUUAAUAACGUUUGCUGGAAUGAUACCAUACAGGAUGGCUGGUGAUACAAAUGCACGCCUGGUACAGAUGGAGGUCCUCAUGAACUGACAAUUGAAAGAUUUCACAAUGGAACAUUAAGCCAAUGGUUUAACAGAUGUUUGCUUUUGGAGUUCACUUGAUAUUUUUUUCAAAUUGGAAAUGUUAUUUUUCUUUAAAAUUUUAAAUUUUCACUUUUUGGAAACUCUUACCCUUGUUUAGUUGAAUCUCCAGUUUUAAAAUAAAUGGAAAAUCACAAACUUGUUAUCGCAGAUGAUGUUUGUUUUAUUGCACC